GAGCUGUGGGCGGGCGCUGCUCGGAGGGAGAGUAAACAACUAUUUUUAGCUGCGUGCAGAGCGGGGAGGGCGGUGGGGGGUUGCCGUGCGGCAAUCAGACCCUAUAGGCGGUAAGGAUAUAGAGCAGGGAUGUGUUUGUUGGUGACGCGCGUACAGCCCGGUGCAAGGGGGAUCGCUCCACCUCACCUGCACAGCGUCAGCAGAAAUGGGGCUAUAGAUACAGGUCGAACUAAUCCAUCUUCAGUAGUUGACAGGAAUUCGGAUCCAUAUUCACUCCAUUCCCCAGAGCCCAUCAGCAUGCAGUCCAUGCAGUCCUCCCCCUCCUUGCGCGUGCGUAGCGGGUCGUGAUGAUGAAGGCUCGUAGUCUUCCUCGCUGCAAACUUCUGACCCCGAAGGGGGGGCAUCCCCCGAACCGCUUUCAGCUCACCCUUCAGACAUCCCAUCACCUCCCUGCCAAAUGUGUUGGAGCUGCUCUGCAGUCCUUAUUUUUAUGGCCUUCACUCUCCUCGUUAUUCCGGACCUGGCGCCUUUGAAAGUGCUUGGAGCCCCUUGUUUUCUAACACUCUCUACAUAAACUAUCUCUAUUUGCCCCUUCUGUCUACCUUGUGAAGCUGCUUUCUCUUUUCUUGCUAUGAAGCCCUUCUUUCUAUACUGCGGGGACCUGAUUUUGCCCUUCAGGGUGGACUUCUGUUCCGCUACAGCCUGUAGUCAGGCUCGCAGCGCGGUGCUUCUGCUCUGCCCCGGCUCGUAGCGGCAGCAGUGCGGGCAGCAGAGCAGGAGGUGCCCGUCCGUCUGUGUGGCGCUGCUGGGGCCGCAGCUCAGUGCUGCGCUCCGCGUUGGCCCCUCACUGCCAGAGAGACACUGUGGCCCUGCAGCGUGUCCAGAGAGGGGAGCGGAGCUGUGGGGGUGCGGAGUCUGCAGCACAGCGCCGUGGGGCUGCAGUACAAAGUGAUCGGGUUUGGUGGGGAAAUAGCGGUGCUACGGUGGACGGUCGCGCCGGACGAUGUUGGAGGUCUUUUCCAGCCGUGCUGACUGUGUGACUCAUGAACUGCUCUCUGUCUGGCCAGGCUCCGGAUGCAGUGAGUUGAGACAGAACAGGCGCCGCGUGCUCUGCGUGGCUUUGUGUGCAGUGCCGUGCAUCCUUGUUUCGGUGCUGGUGGCCGUGAUAGUGCUCCAGCGUCCGUUGUGCUCACCUCGCCCACCCUUCUCCCACGUGUGCCCCAACGCCUGGGUCGGUUUCCAAGGGAAAUGCUAUUAUUUCUCGGACACGGAGAGCGAUUGGAACAGCAGCAGGGAGCAGUGCCACCGCCUCGGAGCUUCCCUGGCCACCGUAGACACGGAGGAGGAGAUGGGAUUCAUGCUGCAGUACCACGGCCCGGAAGACCACUGGAUUGGGCUGCACAGGGCAGAAGGGGAUGAGCACUGGACAUGGGCCGAUGGCAGCGCCUUCAGCAACUGGUUUAAGCCGCAAGGCGGAGGCCAAUGUGCGUACCUGCAUGGGGACUGGAUCAACUCAACCCUCUGCCACAGCGAGAAGUUCUGGGUGUGCAGCAGAGCCGACAGCUACGUCCUCUGGAGGAAGGGGACAAAUCCGCAGUGACGGAUCCCAUCCCAGGCAGCUCGUGCCAACGCUGCUGGGCACUCCGUGCCAUCCGUGUGUGCUGGAGUCCGCCUCUUUCCAGCACUGCUACGCUUGUGUUUCUUGUAUGGACUCUGCCAGCUGUGCUGCUCGCUGUCUCUCAGGAAACACAGCUGUUGCACUGUGCCUUAAAGGGGGUGAAGGGCAAAAUGAGGUCCCUGUAGUACAGAAAGAAGGGCCUCAUAGCAAGAAAAGAGAAAGCAGCUUCACAAGGUAGAAAUAAGGGGCAAAUAGAGAUAGUUUAUGUAGAGAGCAUUAGAAAACAAGGGGUUCCAAGCACUUUCACAGGCGCUAGGUCCAGAAUAACGAGGAGAGUGAAGGCCAUAAAAAUAAGGACCGGAGAACAGCUCAAAAACAUUUGGCAGGGAGGUGAUGAGAUUUCUGAAGUGUGAGCUGAAAGCGGUUCGGGGGAUGCCCCCCCUUCGGGGGCCAUACCUGAAUGGGGACGGGAUCAGCUCAGCCCUCUGCCACAAGGAGAAGUUCUGGGUGUGCAGCAGAGCCGACAGCUACGUCUGCUGGAGGAAGGAGAAAUACCCAGAAUGACAAAUCCCAUCCGCACCAAGCUCGUGCCAACACUACUGGUCUCUGUGAUGCCACUGGUGUAUACUGGAAUCUGCCUCUUUCCAGCACUGCUGCAGCGGUUCCUGCAUGGAUCCACACAACUCUGCUGGUCGUUAUCUCUCAGGCGCUAUGUCUGUUCCUGUGUGCCUUAAAGGGAGGGUCUUCUGAGGGUCCUUAGAGGUCGCAGCAGCAUGGAAGGAUCCCACAGUGCUGCCCCACUGCGGCCGGACCUGAGGGCGGGGGUAUUCCUGCUCUCCUUUCGGGCUCUGUGUGACACUGCGGUGCCACCACCAUGUCACAUCGCGCUUCCAUCGCUGCCAGCCACUGUCUGACUUUGGCUCUGGGCAGUGAUGUAUGGAAUCAAACUCUUUAACCUAUCUAAGUUAAAUAGGUUAUAAGGCUGUACCUCAUUGUGAACUUCCGAGCUUUUAAGGGGGGUGUAGCCCAAACCAGCUUGUAUUGCUGUGUUGAGCUGAGGCAUAUCUUUACUGUCCUGUCUCAACAACGGGGAAUCUCUCCUCUGUUCUUGUUGUUUGGCAUCGAGUUUCUGCGGACUUGAGCUGAUGUGUACACAAGGACCUUGUCCUUCUGCUUGUAUCCACUCAAGUUAUGUGAAAAAGGCCGUUCUCAAAAUAUGGAAAAGCUGUCGU